AGGAUGUGGCGGGAGGGACGGACCGAGGGCGGGGAUCCUGGCUGUGCCUAAUCGGUCAAGCGCGCAGCGCUAGCUAGCUCAUUUACAGCCGCUCUCCUGCCACCGAAGCCUCAACAAUCCCAGAUUUCCGCGCCCCUAGUCCUGGAAGUCCUCCCCCCCCCAGUUCUCCGUGACCCCCGAGAGCUCCAGAACCCCAGCAGCUCCAGCUCUCCGCGCUCCGAGGUCCAGCACCCCGGAGUCUGCGCUCGCACCAUGCAGCUAAAGUGUCGAUAUUUUGUGUCCUCGGGAACCAGACAGCCUGUUUGGAAGAGGCACCAUCUUUCUAGAGGGUUCUUUUCCGGUCCUGGUCUGCUCUUGCUGCUGUUUGGCAGUCUCUGUGCUGAGGCUGAAGUUAAGGAAGUCCAUGCAAUGGUGGGCAGUGAUGUGGAGCUCAGCUGCAUUGAGUCCCAAAGGCGCCAUUUCAACUUGAACGAUCUGUAUGUCUAUUGGCAAAUCGUCGAUAACCAAAGCACUGUGGUGACUUAUUACCUGCCUAACGAGCCAGGGAUGCAUGUGGAUAGUUCCUACAAGAACAGGGCCCAUCUGUCACUGGACCGCAUGAAGCAGGGUGAUUUCUCUCUGUACCUGCAGAAUGUCAACCCUCAGGAUACCCAGGAGUUCAAGUGCUUGGUAUUUACAAAGUCCACAGAGUUAAGCAAGGUUGUGGAAGAGGUGGUCAGGCUGCGUGUGGCAGCGAACUUCAGUACGCCUGUCAUCAGCACCUCUGGUAGCUCCGACCCCGGCCAGGAACGUACCUACACCUGCAUGUCCAAGAAUGGCUACCCAGAGCCCAACCUGUAUUGGAUCAACACAACAGACAAUAGCCUAAUAGACAGGACUCUGCAGAAUAACACUGUCUACGUGAACGAGUGGGGCCUGUACGACGUAAUGAGCACCUUAAGGAUCCCUUGGACACUUUAUGGGGAUGUUAUGUGCUGUGUAGAGAAUGUGGCCCUCCACCAGAACAUCACAAGCAUCAGCCAGGCAGAUAGUCUCACUGGAAACAACGACGGGAUCACAAAGAACCCAGAGGAAACCCCCAAGGAGGGGACAACCCUCGUCUCCGUCCUCACUGUACUAUUGGUGGCUGUGGUUGUCACUCUCCUCAUCAUCACUGUGUACAGAUACCGGUGUCCCCGCCGAAGCUAUACAGGACCCAGGACUGUUCAACUUGAACCCACAGGUGAGUGUGCCUGCGGGGAGAAGCGGGUUGGCUGAGCUGUCAUGACCUUUCAGACCUUUGGUUGGUAGUUUCCCUGUACUCGAGGAUUCCAGAGAUGCAGAAACCCUGUCCUGUGAUGGAAACUUCUGGACCCUGCACAGCAGACAGCCUGUCCUAGGUCCCUGGGCCCCUCCUGCCUCUUCUCUGCAGAACCCCAUAGACUCCUCUGUGACUCUGGCAGCCCAGAGUUAUGUUGUUGGUGGUGUAGCCUCUAUAGUUUCAAGAACGGCGGCGGGUGGAUUCUGUAAUCUCCAGAGGUGUGGAUUCAUAUCCCGAUUUUGGAAAAACAUCCACAGAGGUAUUGGUUGACCACCGGGAGAUAUCCCCGCUGGCUUUAAUUAAUUGUACUACCUCAAAGUGACUGUGCCUUCCUGAACCCUGGCUCUCCCAUGGUUAGAGAUGGUAGUGUGUGUGGUCCCCUGGGUGCAGCGAGGCCUGUUUGCUGACACCCACCACUCCACUCCAGACUAGACACAAGCUAGUAUCAGGCCACUUGGGAGCCUGAGUUCUGGGCCACCUGGUCCUCACCCAGUCAUGUGACUGCGAUAGCAGCCGCUUCUGGGUUUUUAGCCCCUUUUCCCUCACCAGUCCCAGGAAGAAUCAUUUGUCUCCAAAAAUUAAAACAGAGCCUGGUUCAGCAGCUCGAGCUUGCCCGAGACGGCCAUGCGGGGAGGCAAGGCCUAUCUUCACCUUCCUCUCUUUUCCCAAGACCACGCCUGACAGGACCCUGUCCAGGCUGUGGCCAGGGUUUCUGUGAGAUGCCACCAGGUGGAUGUCAGACACAGCUUCAGAGUGGACUCCCACAAGCAGCCUGGUGACAGAGGAGGACAAUGGGCUGGGACGGAGGCCAGGAAUCCCUGCAAGGCACAGAGGCGUGAUCCCGGAAACCCGCGGGAGAUCUCUCCAGUGGGCAGCAGCAGCACCAACAUUAUCAGAAUAUGGAACCUCCAGUGAGUCAGUACAGAGGAGAGCGGCUUGUGCGGUCAUCCUUCCCCGACACGUGACUCAGUCCCGGGAGCUUUGAAAAAGGGCAUUUGAGCCACUCUGGAAGCACCUACAGAUUCUACUGGAAACAUUCCCUGCUAGGGUCCUUCAGUCGGGGUGAAAACCUGACUUUAUUUUCCAUCUCAAGCUACUUGGGCCUCCUAGAGGAUACAUGGGGUUUUGUCUACAGAAAACCUGCUGCCGGCUGACCGUGGUUAGGCUCAGAGGUUUGGGGCAUUCGGCUUCAUGAUAUCCAUGGGACAUACUUCAAAGCAAAAUAUGUCCCAGGUGCCCCAUAACGGGUGCUUCUCCCUCAAGCCUGACUUCCUGUGGAGACAGAGGCUUCCUGAAAGCCUUGAGCUCUUUCAGAUUGAACAGAAAACCAGAAAACGGGGAGGGCAGCCCCAUCCAGUCUCAGCAGCCCGUGAAGACCUCAACUCCAGCCUCCCGGGUCUCCAUGUUGUCAGCCAGAAUAGAGCUAGUUGUUUUGUUUCUAGAUGGUUCUGCAAUGUUGGCUGCUUGGAAACCUAAGUAUGCAAGUGCAAGCUUCAGGUUGACGCAGUAGGGGGCAUGGACUCCCCGAUGGAACCCAGCGUCUGACCCUAGUUGAGGGCAAGCUCCUUCCCACCCAGAGACCUGGAAAUUCUGGACAGCCAGGGCCUGCCUGCUCUGUGGCUGGGGCUCAGUGCUGACGGAUGUGUGAGAUCUUAGGAAGGAGGAGUGCAAACCCUGGGCUCAGGCUCCCGGGGAUCAAUGUUUGCAAGACCUGUCCUUUUUUUUUUUUUUUUUUUUCCUGCCCACAUGGACUUAUUCUUCACAUUGACUUACUCAAUGAGUGGAGAGAGCGAGCCGCUUACGUUCUUCCUGUAAACAAAGCAUUACUUACCUGUAGAAUAGCAACUGUCGUUUAUGGGUCUUGAGUCAGCAGCUACAGCAAACAAGCACAAGGAGAGAAGUUGGGGUGCAAGAAGACGGGGUGCAGGGCCCCCAGGAUAGAUGUGUGGGAAUUAGUGGCCACCCCAAGGCCCACAGUUCCAGAACUCAGGGACUCAGGUGGGUCUGUGGCAGCCAGGCAGGAGUACCCUGCCUACUUUAACUUCUCUUGUCAGAGGUAGUUUAGGGUCAGAAAGAGGUCAACCCAGUGAGCCAGCUAGCUGCCUUGGGGUACCAGACACACCGCCCCCCCACCCCUGCUUAUAUAGGCAUUGGGAACCCUUCACAGACCACCGGCUGUACAGUCACUGUCACCUGCUGGUCCCAGCAGGUCCCCACCUUCCCAUGGAAUCUUGGGAGCAUGGCACACACCUCCGUCCCGCCCCACAGCACAUCAGCAUUCAAGAGACUUGCCCUAUCACUAACCAGCCCAGAACCUGUGGUGGUUCUCUAUCUGGGUUGUAGAUGGGGCAUAGCGACUUCUAGAAAACCUGACGAGAGAAUAAACAUAAGAUGGGU